ACCUAGCAUGCAGUUCAGGGCUCUCCUGCCUGCAACCUGACAUGAUAUUGCUACAGCUCUUUUGCUAAUAGGUAAUAUAAACAUUUGUCAUAGGGUAUCACUGCUAACGCACAUCACAAGUAAGGGGUGAGUAAUGCUUACUUUUUCAAAUGUUAGCUGCUGAAUGGUUUGUGCAUUAUAGGGUUGUGUUUUGCAGUACUAAUGUUUGUUUACAUUGUAGAGCUAAGAAUGCUGAAGGAGAAGAUUUGAUUACUGUCUUGUAUAAAACUGAAGGAGCUCAGGUUUACCCAAGUUAUUGCUGAUAAAUCAAUAAACAUUAACAUGUAAUUAACUUUCCAUUUCACACUUAUUUUCAGUUAUCUCCAUGCAUAUUUUUAAAAUAAGUACAGCUCAGAAGGAAGCACAUGGGUUAGAGUUCAAUAGCAUGAAUGUCAAAUUGUCACAUGAUUUAUCUGUAUUACACUGCUGACAGUGACAGUGUUUUAGGGUUAAGACUCUCACUACAGAGGGCUACAUAACUACUGGCUGCAAUUCAAGACGCCACUAUGGAUUUUGAGACAUCCGGAGGGAUUUUUGAUGAAGAUGUGGCAACUCAGUACAUGAUAGAACAGAGCAUUCUGCCAAGCAAUAAGACUGAGUUCAAGGACAUAUUUUCUGAAGACGGAUGCAGGAUAUUACUAACUAGUCCAGAAAGGGACAAAAUCUCCAGUGCCAUCAAACGAGAGGAGGACAAUAUGGGCAAUAUUCCCUUACAUGAGGCAGCCAAGCAGAAUAACCAGUACAUCCUAGAGAUCACUUACACAGCAUCACCCGCAGAUGCUAAGUUGAAAAAAACGCUUCGGGGUAAGACUGCCCUCUUCCUAGCUGUAGAAGAGGGUCUCCUGGAUAAUGCCUGCUACCUACUGGACAACGGGAGCAGUCCUGAUUGCCUGGAUGGCGAGGAGGACACACCUCUUUUUGUAGCUAUAAGAAACAACCACUAUGAUAUGGUGAAGCUCCUCCUCUCCUUCAAUGUCAAAGUGAACCAGGAGGGGGCGCACUGCCGAACGGCCCUACACGAAGCUGCUCGCAUGGGCCUCACAGACACAGUGAACCUGCUGCUGCAGUCCGGAGCUCAACCCGACCCCAGAAGCAACUACGGCCUCACCCCUCUGGCCCUGGCAGCUCAAGGGGGUCACCUGGAGAUAGUACAAGCUCUGCUCCGCAAAGGAGCUAAUGUGGAGUCCCAGGCUCAAGACAGUGCCACUAUCCUUUUUGAGGCAUCUGCAUCUGGCAACCCUGAUGUCAUUUCUCUGCUGCUAGAGUACGGCGCUGAUGCAAAUAUGCCAAAACACACAGGCCACCUGCCUAUCCACAGAGUAGCUCACCGCGGACAUGAGAAGGCUCUGGCUCUGUUGAUCCCUGUGACCACCCAGGAUGCUGUAGAUGAGAGCGGCAUGAGCCCCUUGCACUCAGCAGCAGCCGGCGGGCACACGCACUGUCUGCGGAUGCUGCUCAGGGCCGGCUACGACCCCAACUUCAUGCUGGACCCGUGGGUACAGCGUAGCUACGACGACCGUCGCAAGUCCGCCCUCUACUUCGCCGUGUCCAAUGAUGACGUGCCCUCCAGCAGAGCACUCCUGGAGGCUGGAGCCAUGCCCAACCAGGAUCCGGUCAAGUGCCUGCAGGUGGCGCUGCGUUUGGGCAACUACGAGCUAAUCGACACCCUGCUGAGACAUGGCGCUAACGUUAACUACUUCUGCCGCGUGAACACAACGCGCUUCCCCUCGGCACUACAAUACGCACUCAAGGAUGAGGUGGUGAUGAGGAUGCUCUUCAACUAUGGGUAUGAUGUGCAGCUCUGCUUCCACUGCCCAUAUGGAGACAAAUCUCAUGUGCCUGAUGACUACGAGGGGUGGAGCAACACUGUCAUCAAGGACACGGCGUUCUGUGAAGUGAUAACUGUCAGCUGGUUGAAGCAUCUCGCAGGACAUGUGGUGCGCGUCAUGUUAGACUAUGUAGACCAUGUCAGGUUUUGUUCAAAGCUGAAGGCAACUCUGAUGGAGCAGACACAGUGGACAGAAAUCUGCAGGAUUCAAGAGAAUGUCCGUUGCUUGCAACACCUGUGCCGGCUGAAGAUCAGGAGAUGCAUGGGGCGACUGCGACUCAGAGCUCCAGUCUUCAUGAGCUUCCUGUCUCUGCCACACCGCCUCAAGGAAUUUAUCUUAUACAGAGAGUAUGACCUUUACAGACAGAAGUGCCAAGGUCAGUCCAAGUGAUGUGGGGACAAUCACACAUGCGGUUAAGAGUAUCGGAGUGCAAAGAGGCUUCUUCAUGGAACUGUCCUCUAUUGUAACAAAUAACUGAGUAAAUGGUCUCGUUGACUGAUUCAUUAUGUUUUUGGAAAAUGCAUUUACAAAGUGUCAUUUUUAAAUGAAUUGAUGUUCAAACAAAAGUUGUGUUGAAAAUACUUAGGGCGUGCAAUGUGAUAUGAGUUUUGUUUACUUGAGCAUUUAAGAUAUUUUUAGCUAUUUACUUUAUGUAAAGCUUAGAUUUUGAUGAGGAAAUGUCAUACAUUGGUUACUGAACUAAUGAGACACACCUGUGUAUACCAGCACAAUAGUCUAUACCCACAACUAUGUCAAUGUCAACCUCAUGCCAGGGCAGGAUGAAGAAUUAUGCAAGCCAACAGAAAGGCUAUCGAUAAUUGUAAACUGUUAAUUGUAAAAUGCACCUAUGUGAUUGCUUGACCUCAUAAAGUGGUGAAUGAGUGCAGGAACAAGGGAAGUAUUUCUAAAUAAAGUGCAUGUUGCAUGUAAUAAGCAUUCUUUUAGCAAUGGAAAAACCUCAAAAAUUUCAGUUGAUAUAAUAUCAAUACUAUUUUUCCAAAAGAGAUGCAA